AUGUGCAGGCUACGCACCAGCCGGGCAUGCAAUGCGCGAGGUAUUAGCAGAUCAAUGGCGAUAGCAGUGGGAGUAGGUGUGGGUGAGUGGGUAUGGUGGCCGGGCCUCGCCCUCGGCGCCGUCCCGCUGCUCUGCCUCGCCGUCUGGCACUCCACCGACGCGUGGUACCGCGCCGCCUUCUUCCUCAGGCACGGCGGCCGGCGCCGCCUGCCGCCGGGCCACAUGGGCCUGCCUUUCCUCGGUGAGACGCUCUCCUUCGUCUGGCACUUCAAGCUCGCGCGCCGCCCGGACGACUUCAUCGCCGCCAAGAGGCGCGCGCACGGCUCCGGGGCCGGCAUCUACCGGACGCACCUCUUCGGCUCCCCUGCCGUCAUCGCGUGCUCUCCGGCGGCCAACAAGUUCGUGUUCCAGUCCGCCGAUAACUUCGGCAUACGGUGGCCGGUGCCGGAGCUCAUCGGCCACAAGUCCAUGGUCAACGUCGAGGGCGCCAGCCACGCCAGGCUUCGUGGGAUCAUCCUCACCGCCAUCAACCGCCCCAGCUCGCUUCGGACCAUCGCCGCCGUCUUGCAGCCGCGUGUUGUGGCGGCGCUGGCCGCGUGGGCAGACAUGGGGACAAUCGUUGCCUCCACCGAGAUCAAGAAAGUGACGUUCGCGAACAUAUUCAGAAUGUUCAUAAGCAUGGAGCCGUCGCCAUUGACAGAGCAGAUAGACCAGUGGUUCGGCAGCCUGAUGGCUGGCCUCAGGGCAUUCCCCUUGGAUUUUCCAGGGACAACAUUUCACCGCGCUCGCAAGUGCCGUCAGAAGCUGAACGCGGUCUUCCGACAUGAGCUGGAGGCAAGGAAGAAGGUGGACAAGAAGUGUGAUGAUCUCAUGAGCGGGCUGAUGUGCACCGAGGAUGAGCAGGGGAAGAGGCUGAGUGAUGAGGAGGUUGUGGACAACAUGGUCAACCUCGUGGUCGCUGGCUAUGAAUCCACGGCCAGCGCCAUCAUGUGGGCUACCUACCACUUGGCCAAAUCCCCUGCCGCCCUCGCCAAGCUCCGAGAGGAGAACAUGGCAGUGAGCGAAAGCAAAGGUGGUUCAUUGAUGAUCACCCAUGAUGACCUCCCAAGGAUGAAGUACACGGCGAAGGUGGUGGAGGAGACGAUCCGAAUGGCCAACGUCGCCCCCAUGGUGCACCGCGUGGCGAACCGGGACGUGGAGUAUGGUGGGUACACGAUCCCGGCGGGGUGGCCGGUGCUCGUGUGGGUGAGGUCGCUGCACACCGACCCAGUCUACUACCAGGACCCCCUCACCUUCAACCCCGACAGAUGGGAUAAACCAGCGAAGCCAGGGACGUACCAGGCAUUCGGUGGCGGAUAUAGGAUUUGUGCCGGGAACAUGCUCGCGAAGUUGCAGAUCACCAUCAUGCUCCAUCACCUCUCCACUGGUUAUGAAUGGGAGCUGUUGAAUCCUGAUGCGAAGAUCAAUUACCUUCCACACCCAAGGCCAAUGGAUGGCGCAUCCAUGACCUUCCGUAAGCUUAGAGCUUGA